AUGCCUUCAAGAGAUCCGAUCCCAGCUCAAAAAAACGAGCAGGUGGAAGUGAACUCCGAUGAUGAAGCAGACCCCGAGCUGGUAGAGCUCCUCCGCCAGCAUCUCGGACUAGGCAGCGGGCAAGCCAAGAAUGCACCACCAGAGACUAGGGUGUUGGAGGGUGCGCAGUAUGUCUUUGACAAUGCCAUUGAUGUGGCAGUGAGCCGCGAAUUUACCAAGGAAGCUGCCGAAAGGAUAUGGCGUUUGAUGCAGAAGAAAGAGUACUCCACACAGACUUGGUCAGAGCAUGAAUUACACCCGCAGAUUAAGGAUGAGAGUACUGUUGAGUUCAUCUUUACAAUGGACCUGUUGAAUUUUAGUUUCUGGUCUGAUGAGGAAGAGGAGCCUAAGCGUUUCUGCGUUGAGUAUCGUGGCAAGGUCUGGACGGGAUACUGGAGUCUCGUUGCUAUUUUGCAGAGAGCUUUGGAUGAAGGUAUCCCAAUUACAACCCCUGACUUCUGGGUGGAUGAAGGGAAAUGUACCGAGGAACUGCUUCGACAUGUUUUCCGGUCAGCAACAGAUGAAGAGAUUCCUAUGUUCAAGGAACGUGUGCAGUGCCUGCGCGAAGCAGGUGAAGUUCUUUGUGAUGAAUUCGGAGGCAGCUUCGCAAACUGCGUCGACAGCGCCAACUUCUCGGCCGCAGGACUAGUAAAUCUCCUAACAGAAAACUUCUCCUGUUUCCGCGACGAGGCAAUCUUCCACGGAAAGAGAGUACGUCUCUACAAGCGUGCGCAGAUCUUAGUUGCCGAUCUCUGGGCCUGCUUCAACGGCAAAGAUUUCGGUGAAUUCCACGAUAUCGAUAAGAUCACCAUGUUCGCAGACUACCGCAUCCCCCAGAUGCUCCACCAACUAAACUGCAUUCGCUACGCCCCCAAGCUAGACAGCCACAUCCGUGACCGGAAACCCAUCGAGCCAGGCUCAAACUGGGAGAUUGAGCUCCGAGGAACGAGUAUUUGGUGUGUGGAGUUGAUCAAGCGGGAGAUUGAAAGACGACACCCCGAGGUCAAAAUGAGCGGCAAAAGGCCGCCUACUAAGAACCUUCCUGCACCGAGUGAAGAUAAAGUUAAUGAGAACGACGAAACGGAAGAAAAAGCCGUCGCUGAGAGUGCGCAGCGCAAGACUUAUGGCAUUAAUGCCAUCCUCAUCGAUUUCUUCUUGUAUGAUACGAUGAAGAGCCUGGAGGCGGAGAACAAUGAGACCAUCCCUCACCACCGGACGAGGAGCAUUUGGUAUUGA